AUGUCUAGAAGUGCAAGUUCUUCAUCCUCUCUCGUCUCUCUCAACAUCAGAGAGAAAGUAAGGAACACCCUGUUGAAGGUGGUUGAUUCUAUCGGAGAAAAGGAUCAAUGGAAAGUCAUGAUUGUAGAUGAACAUGCUCUCCAAGUGAUUUCUUCGGCAUGUAAAGUGAGCGAUCUCUUGACAAAGAACGUUACAAUCGUUGAAAAUUUGGGAAAGAAGAGACAACCUUUCCCUACUCUUGAUGCCGUUUAUUUUGUAACACCAACGGCUGAUUCUAUUGAUAAGAUUAUUGAAGAUUAUAACGUACCAAACAAACCAACAUACGGAAACGCUCACUUGUUGUUUACUAGCAGAAUUACGGAAGAGUUAAUGGACAAGAUUGCCAGAUCUAGACUCCAUACUCGCGUUAAAACGUUCCAAGAUGUUAACAUUGAUUUUCUAGCAGUUGAAAGACCAAUAUUCACUUUUAAACAGCAGGACGAUAUUCAACAACUUUUGAAUACGGACACCCGCUCAAGGGAGAAAUAUUCUACACUGGUUGCUGACCAACUCUAUACAUUCUUUUUGACAUCAGGUUUCUCUCCAUAUAUUCGUUAUUCUUCCGAUUCACCAAUUUCCAAGACUGUUGCCAAUAGAGUCUAUGAUUUACUAAACAAAUCAAAAGAAUCAAAGGGUCUUGUGAAGGAUAAGUCAAUUGCUUUGAUUAUAGAUCGUACAGAAGAUGCCAAUGCUCCUCUCCUUCAUGAGUUCACAUAUCAGGCAAUGGCUUAUGAUUUAUUGAAUGUUUCUCCAAAUGAUAACGUUUAUGAAUACUCAUAUACAACUGGAGACAAUCAAAAGAAAACAAAGAAGGUGCUAUUGGAUGAACAGUAUGAUCCUGUAUGGGAAAGAUUUAGACAUACACACUUUGCUGAGCUCGGAAAAGAAUUGCAAAAGGAAAUUGACCAAUUUUUAAAUGAACACCAAGACAUUUCCAACACUCAAAAGAAGGAAGUUGGUAAAAAAUUGGACUCGGCUGAAAUGUCUGACAUGAUUAGAAAGCUUCCUCAAUAUCAAAAGAGUCUCUCCAUGUAUUCUAUGCACAAGCAAAUUAAUAAGGAAUUGUUGACAAUUUUCCGUGAACAAAGCUUGAGCAAAAUUGCAACUGAGGAGCAAAAUAUGGCAACUGGAGAAACUCCAGAUGGAGACAAAGUUAACGCCAAAGAACUUAUGACGACCAUUGGAGCUAUUUUGUCAAAUUCCAACGUCUCGUCAGAAAGCAAAAUGAGACUCAUCAUGCUGUACAUUGUUUUCAAUCAAGGAAAACUUGCAGAUGACAAGAAAGAUAAGCUCUUCAGAAUGGCCAGACUGAACGACGAACAAAUUGAAACUGUCAACAAUCUAUCCCUAUUGAUCAGACCAACUAAAUCUGGUAUUUCUACCAAACUUUCAAAACUCUUUGACACUUUCAAGAAAUCAGGACAAAGUGAUAAGGAAGUUGGUUAUCAGCUCUCAAGAUAUACACCAAAAAUUAAGGAUCUUUCUGAAAGAACAAUGGUUGGUAAAUUGGAACCUGAGGCUUAUCCAUUCGUCAAUGAUCCACCAAACAAUUUCAAGCUCUCUUCUAAGGAUUCUGGAAAGACAUCAUCCGCAACAUCAUCCAAGAGCUCGUCAUCCUCUUCAAGAAGUGAUUCGACUACUACCGAUUUGAGAUCUAAGAAAAACGGUCCAACCUGGAACAAGAAGAAGACUGAAGACGACUCUGCAUCUUCAAGCAGCAGUAGCUCAACAUCUACGAAACUUGAGAGCAAUAUGAAGUUGUUCGUCUUUGUUAUUGGAGGUAUGACUUACAGCGAGACAAGAAGUUGCUACGAAUUGAUGCAAGAGCACGGUAUUGAUGUAUUCUUUGGAAGUACCUCUCUCAUUACUCCACAUUCCUUCCUUGAAAAGCUCUCUUUAAUUCGUACUACUGAUUAA